ACGAAUUCAAUCCUCUCGCUGUCCAGAGCGUUCCCGCCCUCCCCAUCAGCCUCUCUCUCUCUCUCUCUCUCUCUCUCCCUUCUUCUUCCUCAAGAAUGUCCAUUCCUGUUCCGACUGUCCAUUCGCUUGGCGAUGUUUACUCGAGCGAUGCGCUUUCCGCUCAGAAGGGCCGCUACGAUCAAAUUCGCACGGCGUUCGCAUCGGCCUUUGACGGCGCCGUGCCUGACUUUUACGCCCGCGCGCCAGGUCGCGUCAAUCUCAUUGGCGAGCAUGUCGACUACAGUGGUUAUGGCGUUCUGCCUAUGGCCAUUGCGCAGGACAUUGUGGUGGCCGUGGCGAUCGCCAAGACUCCUGGCACGCAGUGCACGAUCGCAAACACCAACCCGAAACAUGCGAAAUUCUCGUUCGAUGGUGCCAAUAUCGUGAUUGACACCAAGAAGCAUCAUUGGGGCAACUAUGCCAUGGCAGGAUACAAGGGAAUCACGGAGGCUCUUGGGCUCACCAGCCCCCGUUCCCUGUAUCUCAUGGUCGACGGUGUGAUUCCUGCGGGCGCUGGGUUGUCCUCGUCUUCGGCACUUGUCUGCUGUAUUGCACUGGCUGUUGCUCGUGGCCAUGAUAAAGUGCUCACCAAGCUUGAGUUUGCCGAAAUUUGCACCAAAUGCGAGCGAUACAUCGGCACGGAAGGAGGCGGCAUGGACCAGUCCAUCUCGUUCAUGGCCAACCAAGGAGCUGCAAUGAACAUUGAGUUUGGCCCCUUGCGUGCCUUCCCCGUCAAGCUGCCCGAUGGAGCGGCGUUCGUUGUCGCUGACUCGAGCGUGGUUUCGGAAAAGCAGGUUACGGCUGCGACCAACUUUAACCUGCGCGUCGUGGAAUGCCGCUUGUCUGCGCUGUUGCUGGCCAAGCUUGGUGGUGUGCAGAACUGGCAAGAGGCCAGGACCAUUCUGCGCGCCCAGAAUGCUCUCAAUGCCAGCUUUGAUGCGAUGCUUGCGCUUGUAUCCAAGCAUUUCCAUCCGCAUGAUUACUCUUUGACCGAGCUGUCUGGUCUGUUUGGUCUCCCUGAGUCUGAGAUUGUCUCCUCGUUUAUGAGUGCUUCGACCGUUGAAGCUCGCUCCUUCCGCUUGUUCCAACGCGUGUCGCACGUUCUCCAAGAGGCGUCGCGCACCGCACAGUUUAAGACUGUGUGUGACACAGCUCCAGACGCCACCACUGCUCUUGCUAAACUGGGGCAGUUGAUGAAUGACAGCCACACCAGCUGUCGCGACCUCUACGAGUGCAGCUGCGAGGAGCUGGAUGACCUGACCUCCAUUUGUCGCCAACAAGGUGCUCUGGGCUCGCGCUUGACAGGAGCUGGCUGGGGAGGGUGCUGCGUCUCCCUCGUUCCCUCUGACAAGGUUGACGCGUUUGUCGCCAAUGUGAAGCGGCUGUACUUUGAGCGCAAGGGCAUUGCCAAUGGCCUCAUCUUUGCCUCUCCUCCGGGCUGUGGUGCCGCCAUUGUGGCCUCCGAUGCCGUUUCCAAGUGAGCAGGUUUUUGUCGACAAACCAUCGUUGAAAUCAGAAGAAUCAUUCCAAAAAAUAAAAAAAGUACAAAUAAAUUUCAAAAAAAGACA